AUGCCUGCACCACGACGCAGAAAGAUCGGCCACCGGCGCCGCGUCGAAGAUGAGGCCGAUGAUGACGGCCGUCCCGAUGCGCUGGAUCUCGAUGACGACUCCUUGACCGAAGGCUCCCUCACUGACGACGAUGACGCCGGUCAAGACAGCGACACCAGCAACAUCGACGAAGCUUCGCCGACGACUCCCAACGCCUCCAAGGCCACCGACGGCCCCCACCCAAAGUCUGCUCGUACCAGCACAGCGGCUGCGGCAAAUGGCAAUGCGAAGCAAGCUUCCGACACCGAAAUGAUGCUGCAUGGUCUGUCCAUCGCCCGUCAGACCGCAACCCCCCAGGAAAUGCAGUUCGACGAGGUCGUCGUGUCGCCGCCCAAGUCCCCCUCCGCGCCGGUCGUCGUCAGCUCGGCCUCUGCCAUGAGGCAACAGCCCGCCAACCACGUUGAGCGGCGACGACAAGAGCAUGAGGACUACAAACGCCGGAGAGACGAAGAUCCCGCCUUUGUGCCCAAUAGGGGGUCGUUCUUCAUGCAUGACCAUCGACACGCCGGACCUGCCGCGAAUGGGUUCAGACCGUUUGGCCGCGGGAGAGGAAGAGGCGGUCGCUAUGGUGUUGGCGGUCCCUUCGCCCCUUUCAGCCACAUGCAGCAACCUUCGGAUCCAACCACGAAUUCCCAAUGGACUCACGACAUGCACGACUCCGUCGCCGAUUCCGUACCUCGUCGACCUCGACAAAUGCCAGAUGAUGAAGGGCCGCCCAACGGCAACGGCUUUAUACCCACCUGUGAGCCUAGUGCCACUCCCAUCAACCGUACGCUGUCCACCGAGAAACACAUCGGCAAUGCUCAAGUUCGCGUCAUGUUGCCGGGCAUGAUGGAGCCGGCCGUCUUUCCCGGCAUGCCUGUAAAGCAAUACACCAAGUUGCCUGAUCAUCGUCCUCCUCUUCGACGAGACAAGCCCGUCCGCAUCUCCUUGCCUGGCCAUCCUCCGCGAUACAUCUUUCCUGCCUCUGAUCGAUCCUUUACCUUCAUCCCACGUGCCCUCCGACCUAAUCAGCAGCGCAUGCGUGGCAAGUCCAGGUCUGCAUGGGGCUCCAUCGGAGGGUUUUCGAGGCGGACAAGCGUAUUUGGGGGAAGCUACUAUGGAAGCGCCUACUCGCCCAGCGUUGCCCUCAGUCGCCGCUCAUCCGUCGCUCACGAGCGCGAUUUUAUUUUCUCGCCGACGGCAACUGUCAUCUCGAGGCCGCCCAUGCCCACGGACAACGUUCGACCAGUCGUUCGACUUCCGCCUAGUGCUAUGCCCCAACCUCCCAUGCCGGUGCAACUGCCAGCGCCAGGACCCGCCCAUGUCGCCCCGCCAGCUUUCGGGCAAGAUGCCGUCCUUCUGCCUGUGCCUCAAACGUCGGCGCAGUCGGCCGCUCCCGCCGAGUCGUCGAUCAAUGAGCUUCCACCUCCACAAACACACCCGCUCCCCCAGAAACCGACGGUGCAGGAGAAUCGGCCAAACUCAAUCCCCAUGCAUCAACCACGACCACAGAAGAACAUUUCCGUGGCGGACAUUGAGUCCCCCACAAUGACUCGGGGAGUUGGCUCUCAAGCGUUCCAGGGAGCCUUCCAUCAGCAGGUCCCCGUGCAGGUGGCCAACGGCUAUGGUCAGGAAGCGCAUGCGCGACGACCGUCAUUUCCCUCGCAGCAGUCUACUGGAACGCCGCUCUCCCAUAUUCCAGAGAGGGCCAUCCAUGCCGCGCCGUUCCAGCCCAACGCGUACGGCCAGCCGCAGUACUAUGGACAGCAAGUAUACCAACCCCAGCCACAGCAGGGAUACUUCUAUGCUACUGGGUAUUCUGGACCCGGCAUGGCGCCGACGGCACCGGCGCCUGGAUUUGUCCCUGCCGGUCAGCCCGCAAACAUGCCCGGGGGCUUCGCCCCUCAGGGCCAACCCGACCAAGGAUCGGCUUCACUCGGCCACGGACACAAUCCCUCGGCCGGUUCGAACCUGGUGGCCCAAGAAGUAAACGGAAUGGUUUACUAUUACGAUGCCAGCCAGAUUGCACCGGUCAAUUCUUACCCUACAUACUCGGCGCCUCAGGGGUACCAGCCCAGUGUCAUGGGCAUGGGAGGAAUGGUGACACCAAGCCCUGACGGAUUCUACUACCCCCAGCAUGCAUCUGGAAUGGUCUACUACCCACAGUAG